UGUUGUUUUGAUAAAAGCGAAAGUGGAAUGCAAGGUAAUUUGCUCUCAGGAGGAAAAACAAAAGUGAAGAGAGGAGAGCAGUAAAGUGUGCAGUAACGUAGGAUAGUCUAUGCGAUCGCAUACUGGAGUUUGUUCUAUUAGCCUAUGGAGGCUGAGAGAGACACACCGCAAACAAAAUAUUUCAAAUUCUGAAAGCAGUCGGUCGGACUGAGUGAAGUGGAAUCGGAGCUGAAACACCCCAAGAGCGAUAAAGACGGUGGACCCGCACUGCGUUAAGAGGCUACCGGUGUAGUUUUGUCAAACACAUCAUAUCACGCGAUUUCUAAAGCUGAGCCCGCGGAGCCCUCUUCCCUUUUCGCUUUUUGGAGCGCAGCGGGCAGCUUUUAAUUCAUGCUCUCUUUUUCCUCGGAGACAGGAGUGUGGCGUAUGUUGCCUAGCAAUUAUAAGUUAAAUGGUAUUUUGGAGAACUCAGCAUUAAGAAAAUAAAUAUUGGAGCACCGGACCAGUCGCACAUCGGAAAAACAAUACUUGAGAGGACAGUUAUGAAGAGGGGUUGAGAAAGGACGAUGCAAAGGCUGUCAACGCUUUGAAGUUCGCGAGACCCGACCUCAAUCUCUGACCGACUUUCAAUCGGCCCACUGAAUGAAUUAUUGGAUACUUCGGACGGAACCUGUGAUGUUCGUUUAAUGUACACGGAGAAUAAGAGUUAUUUACGUGUAGGCUAUUAAAAAAAGCACGCAAAACGCAGUAGCCUGGAAAGUCCAUUCACUGGAAUAUAUAGCGUUGUAAUACAGAAGGAAAUAGACUACGGAACUACAUAGUACAACAAAUAUUUCCAAAGAAACGUUUGAAUUUCCUCUGAAAUGGACUGACACCGAUCAAACCAAACAUAUCUCGAUAAGAUAAUGACCGGCAAUUUAGAGGCUUAUUGGGACUUCAGAGUUGAGAAAAUGCAUAACGAUAAGUAACUGACUGACAGUUGGUGUUUCAUGUGUGCAAGAUUCAUUCCAAAAGUGGUGUGAUAUCCUCUCUUGUGAUGAUUGAGUAUCCCUACUCUGGUACCGGAGGCAUCUCGUGGUAACACAGUAGCUGCGGCAAGGAAGGAGUGGAGUUUGGAGAUAUCAGCAAAUAAACGCACAGAAAAAAAUGUGGCUGCGAAUUCUUCCGCAGGUGUUGACCAUCUGGGCUGUGGUGAUUUCCGGGACAACGGCUGACCUGACCUGUGAUACACUGCUACUGCUGUCCACCAAUCUCACUGCACGUACGUUGGCACUGUGGAAUCUGACCCUCACGCCCAGCAAUGUCACCGCCGGCCUGUUCUGUAACAUGUCCAUCGAUCCCAUCGGUACCUGCUGGCCAAAGAGCACUGCAGGGGAGUGGGUGUCACGGCCAUGUCCAGAGAUGUUCUAUGGCGUCAAGUACAACACCACCAACAAUGUGUACAGAGAAUGCCUUUCUAACGGGUCCUGGGCCGUGAAAGGCAACUACACCCAGUGUCAAGAGAUUCUCAAUGAGAAAAAGAGCAAGCUGCACUACCACAUAGCGGUGAUCAUAAACUACAUGGGACAUUGUAUCUCUCUGGCAGCCCUGUUGGUGGCCUUCAUCCUCUUCAUGAGGCUGAGGAGUAUCCGCUGCUUGAGGAACAUCAUCCACUGGAACCUGAUCACAGCUUUCAUCCUGAGGAACGCCACUUGGUUCGUCGUACAGCUCACCAUGAACCCUAAGGUGCACGAGAGCAAUGUGUUGUGGUGCCGGCUGGUCACGGCCGCCUAUAACUACUUCCACGUGACAAACUUCUUCUGGAUGUUUGGGGAGGGCUGCUACCUGCAUACAGCCAUCGUGCUCACCUACUCCACGGACAAGCUACGCAAGUGGAUGUUCAUCUGCAUCGGGUGGUGUAUCCCUCUUCCAAUCAUCAUUGCAUGGGCCAUUGGCAAGCUUUACUACGACAACGAAAAGUGCUGGUUUGGGAAGAAGGCAGGAGUGUACACAGAUUACAUCUACCAGGGCCCAAUGAUCCUGGUGUUGCUGAUCAACUUUAUAUUCCUCUUCAACAUUGUGAGAAUCCUCAUGACCAAGCUGAGAGCCUCCACCACCUCAGAGACAAUACAGUACAGGAAAGCGGUGAAGGCCACUCUGGUGCUGCUGCCUCUCCUGGGCAUCACCUACAUGCUAUUUUUUGUCAACCCAGGAGGGGAGGAUGAGGUGGCCCAAAUAGUCUUCAUCUACUUCAACUCCAUCCUGGAGUCUUUUCAGGGCUUUUUCGUGUCAGUGUUUUACUGCUUCCUGAACAGCGAGGUGCGUUCUGCGGUUAGGAAGAGAUGGCACCGCUGGCAGGACAAGCAUUCAAUCAGAGCUCGAGUGGCGCGCGCCAUGUCCAUCCCCACGUCGCCCACGAGGGUCAGCUUCCACAGCAUCAAGCAGUCAUCGGCUGUUUGAGGACCAACAAAACUCUGCUUUGGCUGAAAGCCCCCGUCUAACCUCUCACCGCCAACCACCCCUCCAACAUGUCCGCCACAGAGCACCUCUUUCCCCUCUUCUCUCCAAACCAACCGAGGGAAAGAGCUACCGUGAUGGUUCACACAGGGUACACUUGGUCUGUAAACACAAAGCUCACAGACCCCCUCCCAGGGAGCGGUGACCUCUUUAGUCUCUCGCCUGCUGAUAUAUUGAGGUACGUUCGCUCAGUGCGUUCCCUCUGAACGCUACGGAGGGUCAGGAUGACAAUGGCCAAACAAAGUAAUGUCAGGAGCUGACUUUUUGCCAAAAGGCAGAACAGGGAAUUGGAACAAUCCCUGUGGCAUUGGCGGAUUCAGUUGAGAGGUGACGUUUGAUGUCAGAUAAAAAAAAAAAAAAAUCUGUUUGUCAGUAAAUGUUGUGUUUUUUAUUCUGCAAAAUCCAGAAGUUGGAGUCCAUAUGGAUGGAGUUGGAGUCCAUAUGGAUGGAGUUGGAAUCCAAAUGGAUGGAGUUGGAAUCCAAAAAAAGACUUUGAGAGUGGGAAGAAAAUGGUACUGGAGCAUGUGCUUGUAUCAGUGUCAAAUACAUGAUCGCUGUUGGACUGACCUGUUCAAGAUCAUCGACACAACCAUUUGAUUCUUGUUCCUUUGCAUGUUUCUAUUUUCUGUGAAAACAUUUUUGAACUUUGAGUUGGCUAUGCUUGCUGGCUCUGCAAAGUGAAUGACUGCCACGGACCAUUCAUUUCAGGUCUGUCCAUACUACUGUCUCUAGAAAACUUUCUCCCUUUCCUUCCUUCUGUUUUUCUUAUGGAUUAUUAUCUUCACAGAGACCCAUGUUCCCCGAUGUGAAAUCUUUGACCUCCAUUGAAGAUGGAUGCCUUUCCCAUUAUCCCUACAACAACAACCAAGGCAUUGUGCAAGCGGAAAAAGUGAUGUGACUUUAUCCGACACUGUUACUAAUGUGAAUGAGCUGUGAAAAUUGGUACGCACUGUCAAAAUGAUUUUCUGUUGAGUGAGGUUGUAAAAGGUGUUCAUUUUCAACUGAAUAAGCACUCCUUUAUGAAAGCACUUUUGUUUAUUUCAAAUUCCAAAAUGACCAGCACCGUAAUAAGACAACGUCCACUUUAGCAUAGCAUUGUUAAAAGCGAGAUUGGGAGAAAUGCCAAUUUUCUUCUUUAAAAAAAAAAAAUUGGGCUAGCUAUGUUAAGGUCUGAGAGGAACGUGGAUGUUUUGGUUGAUUCAUCUCUGCAACUUGCGUAACUUAUCUAUACUAAAUCCAGUGGGUACUGAUAAUACUUUGCUGAAAUUCUGCAAAUCCUUUCAUCUUGAGCCACCCAUUAUGAAGGACCAUACAAAAUCUGAUAUUCAUUCCAACUCAUUCCAUAACUUAAAACCAUUUAUAGAUAUUGUCAUGCACAUAGCACGACUUUAUUUUUUUAUUUCACAUUAAUAAGUCAAAGUAACUAGGAAAAGAGGAACACAAGGUCUGGAAGAUGAUUGAGUGAAUGCUGACUUUUUGUGGGGAAUAGAGUCAUGCAUAUUCAGAUAGACAUUGUCUAGACAGGCCCUAGACAGGACCUGUCUCAAAUGUAUUGCAGUAGGAUUCACCUCUCUCUCUCUGAAAAAUAUUGUCGGAGCCCUCCCAAAAAGCUUGUGAACUUGAAGCUUCAAUCUCAGGGCUCAGAGAACCAGUUGGCUUCCACACACAACUCCACACAGCACAGGAUGAAACCAAUUAAGACCAAAGUGUUACUUGGUGUUGUGAAGAUAGCUCGGCCCAGUAGGUAGAGCUGUGAGAGGACUGUGAGAGCUAUAAUGGCCUCGCCUACAGGGACUUCUCAUCUCUCACUCACUCACUCAAUCUCACACACAGACCAGCGUGGUCCGCUAAUUAGCUGUACCUGCAGGGAAGUCACAGCUAGCUUGGCUGACAGCUAAGAGCCAGAGACAAUUCAGGAAAGAGAGAAGAGUACCAAAGCCUGUAUCCUGACUCCUGUUCCCUGCUGUGCAACGUCUCUAUGAAUGAGCAAGUGAAUGGAAGAACUGGGAAUGAAAUGAAAAGGGCUUUUGUGGUAUAGGUAGAGGCAAGGAUGGAAACUGGGACCAGCUGGGAUUUGACUUAAAAUGUUCCCCUGGCAUAGCCGCGGGAAGUAGGGGUGCUGAGGUUGCUGCAGCACACCCUAAUAAAUCUACAUUUAAAAAAGUAUUACAAAAACAGUGAAAGCACCCCCCCCAAAACAUCUUCCUGCAGCCAUGCCCCCGGGCCAUAGUGCACAAACAGGGACAGAAAAAGGGUUUGCUAAUUCGCAGAUUGUCGGUCUUGUUGGUUGUGUUCGUUGUUUUGAAAGGCAUAGAGUGCUGUUUUUCAUGUAUUUGUUCAUACAGAACUUUGUGCUUAUUUGGAACACAACUAUAUACAGUAUUUUCAACGUCAUGUCAACCCAAAAAUUCUAUGUGAUGUUUAAUCAACGUGGACAACUGAUUGGAUUUGCAAAAAGGGAUUUUUGUAUUUUUUUUCACCCAACUUUUAACCUAAAUCCAAUGAUAGGGUGACAUUUUUGGUUGAUUUCAUGUUGAAUUCACGUUAGUUGACAACUCAACCAAAUUAAAAUGAAAACUAGAUAUUGAACUGACGUCAAUAAAGUGGGUAUCCGAAAUCAAAAAUUACGCACCCUGUCACAAGAUGCUGUGAUUAUUUUGCAAAGUCAUAAACAAAGCCAACCCUCCGUUGCCAGAUAUUAGAGGUCGACUGAUUAAUCGGAAUGGUCGAUUAAAACUAGGCAAGUCAGUUAAGUACACAUUCUUAUUUUCAAUGACGGCCUAGGAACGGUUGGUUAAAUGCCUCGUUCAGGGGCAGAACGACAGAUUUUUACCUUCUCAGCUCGGGGGAUUCAAUCUUGCAACCUUAGAGUUAACUAGUCCAACGCUCUAACCACCUGAUUACAUUGCACUCCACGAGGAGCCUGCCUGUUACGCGAAUGCAGUAGAAGCCAAGGUAAGUUGCUAGCUAGCAUUAAACUUAUCUUAUAAAAAACAAUCAAUCAAUCAUAAUCAUAAAAAAAUCAAUCAAUCAUAAUCACUAGUUAACUACACAUGGUUGCAUAUAAUCGAUGUGGUGCGUAUCGUUUGCUCCAAUGUGUACCUAACCAUAAACAUCAAUGCCUUUCUUAAAAUCAAUACACAGAAGUAUUUAUUUUUAAACCUGCAUAUUUAGCUAAAAGAAAUCCAGGUUAGCAGGCGAUAUUAACCAGGUGAAAUUGUGUCACUUCUCUUGCGUUCAUUGCACGCAGAGUCAGUGGAUAUGCAACAGUUUGGGCCGCCUAAUUUGCCAGAAUUUUACGUAAUUAUGACAUACCAUUGAAGGUUGUGCAAUGUAACAGGAAUAUUUAGACUUAUGGAUGCCACCCGUUAGAUAAAAUACGACACGGUUCCGUAUUUCACUAAAAGAAUAAACGUUUUGUUUUCGAGAUUAUAGUUUCCGGAUUUGACCAUAUUAUUGACCUAAGGCUCGUAUUUCUGUGUGUUAUUAUGUUAUAAUUAAGUAUGAUUUGAUAGAGCAGUCUGACUGAGCGAUAGUAGGCACUAGCAGGCUCGUAAGCAUUCAUUCAAACAGCACUUUCGUGCGUUUUGCCAGAGGCUCUUCGCAAUGCUUCAAGCAUUGCGCUGUUUAUGACUUCAAGCCUAUCAACUCCUGAGAUUAGGCUGGUGUAACCGAUGUGAAAUGGCUAGCUAGUUAACGGGGUGCACGCAAAUAGUGUUUCAAACGUCACUCGCUCUGAGACUUGGAGUAGUUGUUCCCCUUGCUCUACAUGGGUAACGCUGCUUCGUGGGUGGCUGUUGUCGUGUUCCUGGUUCAAGCCCAGGUAGCGGCGAGGAGAUUGAUGGAAGCUAUACUGUUACACUGGAAAUACUAAAGUGCCUAUAAGAACAUCCAAUAGUCAAAGGUAUAUGAAAUACAAAUCGUAUAGAGAGAAAUAGUCCUAUAAUAACUACAACCUAAAACUUCUUACCUGGGAAUAUUGAAGACUCAUGUUUAAAGGAACCACCAGCUUUCAUAUGUUCUCUUGUUCUGAGCAAGGCACUUUAACGUUAGCUUUCUUACACGGCACAUAUUGCACUUUUACUUUCUUCUCCAACACUUUGUUUUUGCAUUAUUUAAACCAAAUUGAACAUGUUUCAUUAUUUAUUUGAGGCUAAAUUGAUUGUAUUGAUGUAUUAUAUUAAGUUAAAAUAAGUGUUCAUUCAGUAUUGUUGUAAUUGUCAUUAUUACAAUUAAAUAAAUAAAAAUCGUCCGAUUAA